GUUUUGACAGGGCUAGGAGAGAAUAAACAAGAUUCUCCCCGUCUCUUAGGGGCAUCUCCACUACUGGAUGUCCUUGGACAUCUAAGGGUAAUGGAAGCGUGGAAAUCAUGCCGGCAGAUUUUCCAGGUUGUUAUGGACCACUGUUAGUCCUUGUUCUCCUUAAUGAACAGAUGGUUGCAGACGUAAGAGCAUUACUGGUAUAUGUAUCCAUGGAUAUUUGUCCUGGGAUGGAGGUCUGCUGUAUAGCACCCUUUGAUGUUAAAGGAGGGCCUCCUGGCCAAUCACAUCACUAAUGGUUCAAUGAUCCCAGUGAUCAUUAAGCAUUCUGUGUGCGUAUGUGUUGGUGACAGUGCAAAAUGAUUUUUAGGUAGAGUAGCCUGAAUGCUAGGUCGCUGGGCUGUCUAUUCUGUUACCGCAGAGUAGUGCUUCACCCCACUGUUAAUCCAACCCAUCACUUCCUGGGGAUUUGACUGCCAUUAAGAGAUGGCUUUUGGGACUCUGUGGUGAGUGAUGAGAUACACAUACUGUUCUGCACAAGCACACAAGCUGACUAACCCGUGGGCAAGUGCGUGCUUAAGGACACACAGCGUUAUGUGUGGGUGGGGGUGUGACUGAAACAAACACUCCCACUGCCUCUGUCAGAGUGAUCUCUGCUGACUGACCAGGAGGACUGAUGGACAGGGUAAGACAUGAAUAGUGAGACAGGCACCUGGACGACACAUGGGCAGACGUGUUCAACCUGAUCCACAGCUCCCCUUUAAUCCUGUCAUGUCCCAGAUGAGAGACUGCAAGGAUGAUUUUCAUCGCUUUAACAGCCUCUGUCCUGUGUCUGUUGCCACAGACUGUGCCCGCUCUAUGGGCAUGCGCGCGCGCUUGCCCAGCCUCUUGCACGUGUACAUCGGAGAAGCGCUGCACCGUGCUGUGUGACCGGUCGGGCUUGUCGAGCCUGCCCCGUGAGUUCCCCUGUGAGGCGUCCUCCAUUAACUUGGACAAGAACAGCCUCAAGUUCCUAUCCGAGAGGGCCUUCGGUACCCUGCCCUCCCUCAGAUCCCUGUCCCUCGACCACAACAACAUCUCUUUCAUCACCCCAGGGGCCUUCAAGGGUCUGCCAAAUCUGGUGGAGCUGAAGAUGGCUCACAAUGAGUAUAUCCGUUACCUCCACACCCGCACCUUCACUGGGCUUAAACGUCUGGUCCGACUGGACGUGGCCGACUGUAACCUCUUUAACAUGCCAGACCGGAUAUUCCUAGAAAACUACGCUCUAAAGGAACUCUUCUGCUUCCAAAAUAACUUCCGGAGGAUUCCAGGAGCACUGCGGGGAAUGGAGAACCUAACUCAUGUCUAUCUGGAGAGGAAUAAGAUUGAGGCGGUGGCAUAUAACUCUCUCCUCGGUCUGGGGAACCUCAGAUACCUGAACCUCCAGGAGAAUAGGAUCAACGUAAUCCACGACCAGUCAUUCCAGGAUUUAUUGCGCCUGGAGAACUUCUACCUCAACGACAACCUGCUGUCCGAGCUGCCCAAGGUUGCCUUCAAGGGCCUUUGGCGUCUCAAGAUGCUCAACCUGGGAGGAAACCUGCUCACCAAUGUCUCCAGGACCUGGUUCAGCGACCUAGUGGAGCUGGAGGUUCUCUACCUGGACCGCAACCGUCUGGUCUACAUCGAGGAGGGCUCCUUCGAGAACCUGACCAGCCUCAUCACCCUCCACCUGAACAGCAACAACCUCAGCUCACUACCCUUCUCCGUCUUCCAGCCCGUCUACUUCAUCGGACGCCUCUACCUCUUCAGGAACCCGUGGGAGUGCGACUGCUCUCUGGAGUAUCUGAAGGAGUGGAUGGAGAGUUAUAAGCUGGUCCGGGACAUCCCCUGCGCCUCCCCGUCCUCGGUGGCGGGACUGGAUUUGAGCGAGGUCGUCUAUGCCAGGGUGAAUGGAUCCUGCAUUGACCCCGGGGAGCUGAACCUGACCACAGCGCAGUCAGAGAUCCUCUCCACGACGGAGAACCGUUUCAACAGCCUGAUUUCCAAGCUGCUGCAGCAGGAACUGAGGGACGAGGUGGGGAACGGGAUGGAGAGCCUGAGGAACGGGACCCUGCUGGAUUCUGCAGAGGGACUUGGCAGCGGGGUCGAACGGGUGGUCGCCAGCCCAACACUGGUCUCAUUUUUGGUGGUGUGUCGUGUCUUGUGGAAGGUGAUUGGUGGUGUUUUCCCGUUUGGACAUGUGACUGGCACCUGACGGGUUGAUCGAACAGGCAGUUCUUUACAGAAACAUUGUUAUGCACGGAGGAUACUACAGUCAGUCUUGUUUGGACAUUUGAGUGUCUGGCUGUCUACUGGGCUGUCGUGUGGAGUGAGUUGCCUUGCCGGGUUCCUCUUUGAAUGACCGGAAACUAAAAGAAUGACAUGCACACGGGUUGCCCUAAGAGGGUGGAUCAUACGAAACAUCAACCUGCUUGAUGGUUUAUUGAUAGGUUAACAUUUCUAUCAUGCCAAAACCUUUUCAAUAACCGCUACAAUCACAACACAGGUUUGUCUUGUGCUAUGCAUGCAGUGUUUUUGUGGUUCAGAUUUCCAUACCUACCUUGUGUGUUGUGUAACAUUCUCUAACCAAUGAUAACGUACAUCCAUAAUCUAUUACAGUGCUGGCCAACUCUGUUCCUGCAGAUCUACUAUCCUGUAGGUUUUCUCUUCAGCCUCAUUUGUGACUAACCUGAGUCUGCUUUUCAUCCAACUAAUAAUUAGAAUCAGGUGUGCUGAAUAAGAGUUGGAGAGAAAAUCUACAGGACAGUAGAUUUCCAGGAACAGGGUUGGCCAGCCCUGAUCUAUUAUAAUCAGAACAUGUGUUCCUCUUAACAUAAUUUUCUUUUUAAUGUAAAUGUGUAAGUGCUGACAGGUCCUCAUAAGCGCCUGUAUAAACUCCAGACAGAUGUCUCCCACGCUCUGUCUCCCACCUCGUUCUUGUUUCAUUCGUUGUUCUCACUAAAUAUGUAGUCUGUGCAUCUUAAAAAAUAUACAUAAUCUCCCUAGUGUACGCCUCUUUGCCCUGUAAGCCUCAGCAGUCUAAAGUAAUGUAAUGGAGGGUGUCUGUCAAUGCGUUCGGUUCAGACCACAUUUCCCCAGUUGGCAUGCUGCACAUCUUGUUCAGUCAGUAAGGGAAGAGAGCAGAAGGACUAAUGGACUGCAUGGGAUUAGAUCUACGGCCCGGUUUUGGGUAACAUGGCAACUAAGUGACGCGUUUGUCCGGAGUAUAGUAAAUGUGCUGUAGUUUAUAUGGACGUACAUAUUUAUACAUCAUAUUUGAAGUGUCCUGCUUCGUUCAUUAAAAUAUGUAAAAUGAUGCCUCAUGCAACGUGUGCUAAAUCAGCUUAGCAUUCUGAAACUGUAAUUAGUGUAAGGUUGGGCAAUCGCGUGUUAACAUGGCUGUCUAAGCGGCUGCCUGUUGCACACAAACCACUGCAGCCAUGGGUUUGAAUCCGGCCCUCUGCUCUGUCCAAUAAAGUAUAAAUAGCACUGUAUAGAAUACUGCACGUUUAGUAUUAUAGGGUUUGAACUUUGACCAUGAUCUGCUAAAUCUGUCCUUAUAGACUAGAGGUGUUGACCCAUGGAAUGAAUCCUGUUUUUUCUGGGGCCAGGGGCUGUUGCCAACAUUGGGAAAGUGGCGGCCCAUGGCUUUGGGGGGGGGGGGGGCACUGAUGGUAUUAAUAUCAAUGUUGUCCAUAAGUGAGAGGGCCCAGACAUAUCUUUUCAGGGCGCCACGGGAUUCCUGGUAACAGCCCUGUUCGGGGCUCUCGUGCCAUUACCGUUCAAUGUAGGAUUUGCACCAGGAAUGUGUGUUACACGUAUGUGCAAAGAUGGGGAUGAGUGUUACACGUAUGUGCAAAGAUGGGGAUGAGUGUUACACGUAUGUGCAAAGAUGGGGAUGAGUGUUACACCUCUGGGCUAAAAUGGGAUGUGUGUUACCUCUGGGCAACGACAGGGAUGAGUGUUACACCUCUGGGCUAAGAUACAGAAGACAAUGCAAGGCCACGAUGUCAUAUUACACAUUACAUUGCUGCAAUUUUCAUUAUGUAUGUCGGUCACAUUAUUUAAUGCGUUAAAGUACUGUUCACGGUAUUAAAGGAUUAUAAUGUUUAAA